UAUUUAGUACAGCCAUAGUAUUUAUUUAUUGUGACAAAAAGUUUAACUUACUUUAGCCUAAAUUUAAUCAUUAGAUAGAUCUAGAUCUAGACGUCUAUCUAAAUCUAGACUCCACAAAAAGAUGACUUCAGUUUUGCGAGUUAAACGAAGGAUAGACGAAGAUCCUGUCGAGGCUUUAAUUGUUUCUUGUAAACGAUUUCGUCAUAUUGAAGAUCAAAAUUUAGAGAAAAGUAUUUUUUCGUUUGCUGGUACAAUUUCUUCAAAGGAUGAACCAGUGUCAAGGCACAUCAAAGAAGCAAUCAGAAAGACCAAACUACAUCAGCACAACAAAGAUUUCAGACAUACUCAUCACAGACCUCAGUCAAUUAAUGACAUUCGUUUACAGAAAGAACAAGCAUCUAAGGCCUCACGGUUUCGGGUAACUUGUAGUAAAAGAGCAUUAGAUUUGGAGCUGUUGGAUAAGGAUCUUAACACAGCCUCCGCUGAUGUAGAUGUAGCAGGUGCUGUAGGAGAACUUUGUAGAGAUUCUUUAGAACACAAAUGUCCAGAGGUGGAUAAAGAAAAUAACAAAGAUGAUGGAAAAAUCAAAUGUGAUAAAGAUAAUUGUAAAAUAGACAAGUCUUCAAUUUUAAACCCUACAACAAAGGUGCUAUGUUCUAAAAACACUCAUAUUUUACCAAAGCAUGAAGCGGGUGAAGGUGAUAAAUGUUCUUCCGACAAAGAAAAUAAUGUUAUAUGUAUGUAUGAUGUGGAGAAUGAAGAGGAGGAUGACCUUCUUAAUGCAAAAAUACAGGAAUGUUCUAGUGGGAUAACACUAAAUAAUGUCUCUCUGGUGACUAAAAGAGUUAUGUCCCCUCCUAAAAGUGAAUCUCAGUUUGUAUAUGACCUCUACUAUACACACCAUGACCUGAGUCACUUUGACCCAGAAGCGGUUUUAACUGUAGAAGCUUUAUGUGAGGAGUAUGUCAAUGAUGAAAACCAUGGACGUGUGGAUCAUGAGUUUGACAAUAAUGAAAGUGAUGACAGCAAUGAUGAAAACAACUGGAGAAAUGAUUACCCUGAUGAGGAUCCACACUUUUUUGAGAAUGAGGAUACUGAAUAUGGGUAUGCAGAAGACAUGGUUGAGACCAACUUCUUGUGUGAAGAUGACAGCGACCUCUUGACCUACUGGAUGAGUACUAGAUGUAGAGUGUCAGCUGAUGGGGAAUCUGAUAAUGGUGAAGAUGAAUAUGAAGAUGACCAUCAAGAUGACUGUGCCUCCAGUGAAGAAACUUGAGCUGUUUGGAUGACAUAAUAGUUUCUCGUCUUUUUUUCUUAUUUUCUCUCAGUCUUUUCUAUUUCUCUAUGCAGAUCUAAUCACUGCUUUAAGUGUGGGCAUAAAUUAUUAAUGCUUUUUUAAACAAUAAAAACUAUGCAUCU